AUGUUUGAACGUGGUAAUUUUGGAAACGGUAUACUACUAGCUGAUAAUGGAUAUGCGCUGACAAAAUAUUGCAUCACACCAAUAUUGACUGUUCAAACACCGGCAGAAAAUUUGUUUAACGAGUCACAAAUACGAACAAGAAAUCCUAUAGAAAGGACAUUUGGUGUAUGGAAACGUCGUUUUCCAAUUUUAGCUGUUUGUAUUAGAUUACAAGUGUGGAAAACACAAGCACUCAUUGUAGCAACAGCUAUUUUACAUAAAAUAGCUGUAAUUGAAAAAGAUAUUGUACUACUAAAUUUGUCAGCUGAUUUAGAGGCGGCUGUUAAUUAUGUAAAUAAUGUAGCUGAUGACGGAGUAGUAAAUAGACCACAAAAUAAUAAUAUAAGAAACCCUUACAUUCAGUACUUUCAAAAUUUAAUUUAA